UGGCCACAGCCCAUUGCCUGCGGCCGCCGGCGCCCUUGAGUGUCAGUCCCCGAAGCGUCCCAGAGUCCCUCCGGAGCGGCAGCGGGCGGGUCCAUGGAGAAGGGUCCGGUGCGGGCGCCGGCGAAGCCGCGGGGCGCCAGGUGCAGUAAUGGGUUCCCCGAGGGGGAGCCGCCGCGAUCCGGGCCGAGCGGGCCGGCGGAGAAGCCGCCGCGGCCGGAGACCAAGAGCGUCCAGCCGGCGGACGGCUGGAAGGGCGAACGGCCGCGCAGCGAGGAGGAUAAUGAGCUGAACCUCCCCAACCUGGCGGCCGCCUACUCGUCUAUCCUGCGCUCGCUGGGCGAGGACCCCCAGCGGCAGGGACUGCUCAAGACGCCCUGGAGGGCGGCCACAGCCAUGCAGUUCUUCACCAAGGGCUACCAGGAGACCAUCUCAGAUGUCCUAAAUGAUGCUAUAUUUGAUGAAGAUCACGAUGAGAUGGUGAUUGUGAAGGACAUAGAUAUGUUUUCCAUGUGCGAGCAUCAUCUAGUUCCAUUUGUUGGAAAGGUCCAUAUUGGUUAUCUUCCCAACAAGCAAGUUCUUGGCCUCAGCAAACUUGCGAGGAUUGUAGAAAUCUAUAGUAGACGAUUACAAGUUCAAGAGCGGCUGACGAAACAAAUUGCCAUAGCAAUCACAGAAGCCUUGCGGCCUGCUGGAGUCGGGGUGGUGGUGGAAGCCACACACAUGUGUAUGGUAAUGCGAGGGGUACAGAAAAUGAACAGCAAAACUGUGACCAGCACGAUGUUGGGUGUGUUCCGGGAAGACCCAAAGACUCGGGAAGAGUUUCUAACUCUCAUUAAGAGCUGAACUUCAGCGUGUGUCAUGUGCUUUGAGGAUCAUUGGUCUUAAUUGUUUGUACGUUGCAUUUUCAAUUGUUUCAGACGUGAACGUUAUUCCUUGUCACUAAUGGUGUUUAAUAAUUAUUUAUAGCAAAUCAAAUAAAAAUAAUUAGCAAAGGGGUGAGACCUCUACUUUCUUCUUGCCACCUUUUAGUGGUAACUAUCAAAGAAACUGCCCAUUGUGUAAGUUACAUGCACAAAACCACUGCCAUUUGGAUAACCUUGAGGGUGCUGGGAAGGAAGAAAAAUUCAAGUAUUUUGUUCAAAUACUAUGGUAACUGGGUUCCUAAGCAUAGGAAUGUUGGGAAUGGGGGGAAACUAUGGCCAAUACUAUUUUUUUCCUUCCCCAAACAAAAAUGGUGUAGUGCUUAAAAGAAUUUUUGUACACUGUGCAGCAUUGCUGUGCAAACUCAGAGUCCAACAGGCUUCACUUUAAUCACAUUUAUGAAACUGCCAGGGCACUUUAUUUUUUAUAUAUUUAUUUUUUGACUCUCCAGCUGUGACGUUAGUCACCAAAGGAAGGUGGUGGAAUAUCUAUGUUUUUGAUUUUGUGAGUUAAAAAGGCACAUUUCUACUUUCCAUCCUUUUUAAAAUUCAAGUACAGGGAAUUAGUUCCUAUUGUUUACAAGUGUAUUCUCAUGUGAACAUACAGGGAUUUAGAUAUUUAACUCUCUGUGCCUUGAUGAGAAUAUCACACCACUUAGAGUAUAGAUACCUUUGCCUUUUUAAAAAAGCCAUUAUUUUAUGAGACUUCAGUACUGACCCUGCAAAUAACUAGUCCUCACAGUUUUACCUUUAGGAGUUUCUUGCAAGCUUACUUUGUGUAUUCCUUGGAGAUGUCUCAAAACUUUUUUUUUUUUUUU